AUGCCUUGGGACUUCAGAGUUUAUCCUGCUCCCACAGAAAGCAAAUCAGAUCUCAACAUGAAGCUGCUGCCGAUAGCACUGGCCCUGAUUGUGGCCCUGACAGGACUUGUGGGCUGGGCCAGCGCCAUGGUCAAGAUUCUUUGGCGGGGGUCGUGGCUAUGGAUUCGGCAGGGGUCACGGCGGUCAUGGAUUCAGCAGGGGUUUCGGUUCCUUCGGCGGGGGUGGUCACGGCUUCAGCAGGGGUUUCGGUUCCUUUGGCAGGGGGGGUUUCGGCAGGGGUGGCUACUGGUAAAAAGUCUCUUAGCUGCAUUUGUAUUGUCCCAGAAGCAAAAAACAAUUGGAUAUCAAGAUGAAAUCAGAUAUUCCAGCUUUCCGGUUCUUCUUAUUACGAUCUGAAAUAAAUCUUUUGCAUUUC